CGCGCCGCGCCGCGGGGCCGAUCGCUCGUAUCACGCUCGUGACGCGUUUAAUUCCGCGUCGUCUAAUUCCGCGACCUGUUAUCUCGCCUCUGUUAUCGCGGAGUGUCUUGACAAUAAUAAACGUCUUUGUCGAUGAUACGUCGUUUUGUGAGGCGCUCGCGCCGGCCGGUCGCGAGAUAACGCGCGCGAGAUUCGCCGCCGCCGAGCUUUCAGUGCACGCUCGAUCGUCGGGAUUGCGGAUCUCAAACCGCUCGCGGAAACAAGAAGAGCGACUUCCGUUGAAGAGAUCGACUUGGUUUCCGCCGGGGGAUCGCGCGGCAAGCCAGCCAUGCCGGCUGCCACCACCGUGUUCGCGGCUUUCUCGGUCCUCAAGGACCACGUCAAGUUCAAAGUCAAUCAGGAGUCGGUGUCCAUCGACAAUCUCGUUUUCAGGCUGCACUACAGGGUGACGUUCUUGUUGCUGCUCGUCGCGUCGAUUCUCGUGUCCUCCAGGCAGUUUAUCGGGGAGCAUAUCAGGUGUAUCGCCGACGCUGGUGUGCCGAGCAAGGUGAUCGAGACCUUCUGCUUCUUCACGUCCACCUAUACCGUGGUGAAGCAUCUGAACUCUACCGCGGUGCAGCAAGGCGAGCUGCCGCAUCUUGGCGUCGGGCCGGCCGGCAAGGACGAUCCUGUCAUACACCACGCUUACUACCAAUGGGUGCCGUUCGUGUUGUUCUUCCAGGCGCUGCUUUUCUACAUGCCGCACUACUUGUGGCGAAGAAUGGAAGGCGGCCGCUUGAAGAUGCUGGUGUCGGGCCUGCACAUGGCGUCCUUAGCGCUGAGCGAGACGGAGCUGAAGGUGUCGGACAAUCUCAAGGUGCCGUCGAGGGGCGAGCGCGACGAGAAGAUACAGCAGAUCCGCAUCGGCUUCCUCAACCGCCUGCACCUCAAUCGACCGUGGGCAUACGGCCUGACUUUUUGCGAGGUCAUGAAUUUCGCCAACGUGAUCAUGCAAAUUUACUUGACCGACUGGUUCCUCGGCGGCGCCUUCCUCGGACUCGGUCAGUCAGUCGCCGAGCCGGUACCUAAGGACGAGACGGAUCCGCUCGAUAUCGUGUUCCCGAAGGUAACCAAGUGCAUUUUCCACAAGUUCGGCCCUUCCGGCACCAUACAGAAGCACGACGCGCUGUGCGUGAUGGCGCUGAACAUCGUCAACGAGAAGAUCUACACGGUCCUCUGGUUCUGGUUUAUCGUGCUGGCAGUGGUAACCGGUUUGGGAUUGCUUUGGAGGAUCCUGACCAUGAUCCUCCACGCGAGGAGCACGUCAUUCAACAAGCUCGUGUUUUCCAUGGCCUGCCCCGGGAAGUUCAAUCCGUGGAACGUGCUCAGGGUCACGCACGAGUAUUACUUCGGCGACUGGCUCUUCCUCUUCUACAUCGCCAAGAACUUGGACAAUUACGUGUUCAAGGAGCUGCUGCAGCAGCUAGCGGAGGACCUUGACAGUCGGCGGCAGUUGCAGCAUUCUGACCGUUACAAGAUACUGCCACUGGACGUGGAGGAGGAGAUGCUGAAGAAGCGCUGAGUGACGCGGAGAGACGAACUUGACGUGAAUCGACCUGCCUGCAAAGCCGGUCGAUCGCGAUUCUCUCGCCGGCCAAGCCAGACAAGCGAAGCUAUGAAGAACGCGAUUUUACAAAAUCGACACGGAGAAAAAUGUUUGAUUGGGGAUGAAGCAGUGAAUUUUCCGGCGAUUAGGCGAUUCAGAAAUCCCGCUUGAAAGUAGCUUUCGACGAAUUCUUUUCAGGCUCGCCGGAGAGCUCGAUGCUUCAGACUGGAUUCUGAUAACUCUCAGCGGAAUUUCCGUGUCGUUGGCGUUUCACCAGAAGAUCGCCUCGCUCGACCAAACAUUUUUCUCCCCGUGA